GAAAUCAAAUCAGGAAGGUGAAAGUGAAGUGACAUUGUCAAUACGUCGUCGUAGAGUGAGGCUUAGACAAUUUGGGGGUAAACACAAAAGAACACACCUUUCUCUCUCCGAUUGCUUCCCUCUCAUCAUCUCUGCAAACACCAAUACCAACAAUUGCACCCUCCAUUCUGCAUUUUAGCAAACGUGACUGUGGAUUCUGGGCAGUGAAAUUUACUUGUUGGGCCCUUGCAGUAAGGAGUUCAGAACGCUAAUGCCAUGGCUACGAGGAAAGUUAUUGCUAUAUGUCAAUCAGGAGGUGAGUUUGUGACAGAUAAGGAUGGAUUAUUGUCAUACAGUGGAGGGGAUGCGUAUGCAAUAGACAUUGAUCAACAGACAAAUUUAAGUGAUUUUAAGUCAGAGAUAGCAGAAAUGUUCAACUGCAAUGUAAGUACGAUGAUUAUCAAGUACUUCCUUCCUGGCAACAAAAAAACACUUAUUACAGUGUCUAAAGACAAGGAUUUGCAACGCAUGGUCAGUUUCCUUGGGGAUGUUAACACGGUUGAUGUGUUUGUUAUGUCAGAGGAAGGAGCUGCUCGAAAUAACAAUUCCAACAUGCCUGGUAGUAGGUCAAGCAGGACAACUGUGUCGGAAGCCGUUGUUCCUGUCGUUGCUCCUAUUGAUGUCAUUGUUGAUGCUGUCCAAUGCAUUGAUCAAGUAGAGGUUGAUGUAGCUAAUGAUGUAUCUGCACGUUCUGUUUGUUCUGGGGGUAAUGAUGACAGUCAUCGUAAAGCUGCACAACAGUGGGAAAAUACCAUCACUGGUGUGGGCCAAAGGUUCAAUAGUUUUAGUGAAUUUCGUGAAGCAUUGCAUAAAUACUCUAUUGCUCAUGGGUUUGCUUACAAAUAUAAGAAAAAUGAUAGUCAUCGUGUCACCGUCAAAUGUAAAUGUCAAGGCUGUCCUUGGAGAAUAUAUGCAUCUAGGUUGUCUACCACACAGUUAAUUUGCAUUAAGAAAAUGCAUUACAAUCAUACUUGUGAAGGAUCUGCCGUUAAAGCUGGGUAUCGAGCAACUAGGGGUUGGGUGGGAAGUAUUAUAAAAGAGAAAUUGAAAGAUUCACCCAAUUACAAGCCAAAGGAUAUUGCUGAUGAUAUAAAGCGGGAGUAUGGGAUUCAGUUAAAUUAUUCUCAAGCGUGGCGCGCAAAAGAAAUUGCUAGAGAGCAGCUUCAAGGCUCCUACAAAGAGGCUUAUACACAGUUGCCAUUUUUCUGUGAGAAGAUAAAAGAGACCAAUCCAGGGAGUUUUGCAACAUUCACAACUAAAGAGGACUCAAGUUUCCAUCGUCUCUUUGUGGCAUUUCAUGCCUCAAUAUCUGGUUUUCAGCUAGGUUGUCGCCCUCUCAUUUUCCUUGACAGAACCCCUUUAAACUCAAAAUACCAAGGGGAAUUAUUGGCUGCAACUGCUGUGGAUGGAAAUGAUGGCAUUUUUCCUGUGGCUUUUGCAGUUGUUGACACCGAGACUGAAGACAAUUGGUGCUGGUUUCUGCAGGAACUGAAAUUAGCGAUAUCAACAUCUGAGCAGAUCACUUUUGUUGCAGAUUUUCAAAAUGGCCUAAAAAGUUCAUUGUCUAAUAUAUUUGAAAAAUGCUACCAUAGCUAUUGUUUACGUCACCUUGCUGAGAAAUUGAACAAGGAUUUGAAGGGACAAUUUUCUCAUGAGGCCAGACGGUUUAUGAUUAAUGAUUUUUAUGCUGCUGCUUAUGCCCCCAAAUUGGAUACUUUUGAACGUAGUAUUGAGAACAUUAAAGGUAUUUCUCCGGAGGCCUAUGAUUGGGUGAUCCAAAGUGAGCCAGACCACUGGGCAAAUGCAUUCUUUAAUGGAGCAAGGUAUAAUCUCCUUUCAUCAAAUUUUGGACAGCAGUUCUACAGUUGGGUGUCAGAGGCACAUGAGUUGCCAAUUACUCAAAUGAUUGAUGCAUUACGAGGUAAGAUGAUGGAAACAAUUUAUGCACGACGCAUAGAAUCUAAUCAAUGGAUUACAAAGUUGACACCAUCCAAGGAGGAAUUGCUACAAAAGGAAACAUUAGUUGCUCGUUCACUUCAAGUAUUGUUCUCUGAAGGUAGCACAUUUGAGGUCCGUGGAGAAUCUGUUGAUAUUGUUGAUAUUGAUAAUUGGGAUUGCAGCUGCAAGGGGUGGCAACUUACUGGUGUCCCAUGCUGUCAUGCCAUUGCUGUCUUUGAAUGUGUCGGUAGGAGUCCAUAUGAUUAUUGUUCAAGAUACUUCACAGUUGAGAAUUAUCAAUUAACGUAUGCAGAAUCUAUUCACCCUGUGCCAAAUGUUGACAGACCACCUGUCCAGGGUGAAUCCGCUGCUUUAGUUAUGGUAACCCCUCCACCAACUAAGCGCCCUCCAGGUCGGCCAAAAAUAAAGCAAGUUGACUCGAUAGACAUAAUUAAACGUCAGCUUCAGUGUAGUAAAUGCAAGGGACUUGGCCACAAUAGGAAGACGUGCAAAGUUUCAUAGUAUCACAAUUCACAACAUAGGAAUCUUUAAUCAUAUUGGAUAUCUGGGAGCUAUUUCCAACAACAAUAGAAAUUGAGAUAGUAAGAUACAUUGUAGUGGCUGCAUGGGAUUUGGUUCGAAUCUCCUAAAUUCCUUUGCUGAGUAUAUAGAGAUUGUCAAUUUGUCAUAUUAGUCAGUUUUUGUAUUAUUUUCUUUUCUCCUGUCAAUGUUGUCUUCGAGGGAACAAAUUAGUUGGUCCUGAGAAGUAAAUAUAAUUUUGUAUACUAUUUAGAUAGAACAGAAACCAAGAGUUCCAGAGUAGGAUUUGUUUCCUUGUUAUACUAUUUUCUGUUUAUUUAGUGGAAUCUAGUUCUGGGCUGAAGGUAUGCACUUAGAAGUGAACCUUGGCUUGUGGUUUUCUCAUAGAGCCAUCUUCAUGACGGGUAGAAGACAUGUACUUGUAGAGAUAUAUGUUGCAUACAAUACAAGUCUGCAAGAGUGCUCAUAUGAAGUGUCUUUUGCAGGCCUUACUGAAUGCCAAAUUUAUAAUCACAGUAGCUCUUGCUAUA